AUGUCAACGGGCAAACCCGAUAAGACUAAAGCUAGACUGUUCGUGCCUUCUACUAGCGCCGCUAGAGUUUCAAGUAACCCCCCUCUGCCUAGAUCCAAGAGGGAGUCGGCUCUUCGUGCAUCCAGCACAUCGCCAGUUCACACCAAAAGGGAGGUCCCCGCACGGUCAUCUAGUGUUUCGCCCACUUCCGGUACCAAGCCUCUGAUCCUCGUGACCAAACCUCCGUCGGUUCCUUCGACCAAGGCUGCUUCCGUCCCAGUUCCUCGGCUGCCAAUUGUUACGCGUUCUCACAGCAAAAUGGCACACAAUGUGGUAGACUCGGCAUUGAAUAAGUUCAUCGCCGCGACUGACCGUAUAAGUCACUUUGCGGCGCGACUUAACAAGCCUUCUACUGACAGCCCGUCCCUGUACACGUGCCAGGUCCGGAGGGACCAGAUGCGUGCCUUGUGGGACAAGGUCGAGAAGGAGUACGAGGCUUGCUCCUGCGUCAUGUCGGAUGAAAUGACGACAGACGAGUUGCCUACCAUUCAGGCAAAAUAUGAUUACUGCUAUAUUCUCUACGAGCAGUGGUCCGCUCAGCUAAGUGAGCAAAUAGCUGAUGCCUCCCAGGCACUCACUCCCCGUACACCCGUACAAACGCAAGCCGUGCCGUUCAUGUCCACAGGGUGUCGCCUACCUCCGUGCGACACCGAAGUUUUCGGAGGCGAUUACACUCGCUGGCCCACAUUCCGAGACUUAUUCACGGCUAUUUACAUCCGAAAUCCAAGACUGUCGGAAGUUGAGAAACUUUUCCAUCUCAACUCCAAGACCAGCGGUGAAGCCCAUGCCAUUGUGUCAAAGUCUCCUUUGACCAAUGAGGGGUUUCAGUCGGCGUGGUCCAGUUUGACUGAGCGUUUCGAGAACAAACGGUUGCUCGUGAACAGUCAGCUGCGAAUCCUUUUCAAUUUGCCCGCCAUUGGGCAAGAGUCGGGUGCAGCCAUUCAAGAGUUGCAGAGCACCAUCCAAGAGUGCUUGACGGCCUUAGAGCACUCAAGGAUCAACACGGAGAAUUGGGAUUGCAUCCUGGUUUUCCUGUCGGAAGUGUCAGCCAGCACGAGCGCUCCGACGGUUCCACGGGCCUCACGCAAGGAGGCCCCCGUCGCCAAGCAGGUCAACUCCUUUGAGAGUCGGGUGACUUCAAAAACCCAGUCCUGCAAGUUGUGUUCCCGGGAGAAUCACCCGAUUCGCUUGUGCCCUCGUUUCCUCCAGAUGGGUAUCAAUGAUAGGGUCAAUUAUAUAAAGCAACAGAAGCUGUGUCUAAAUUGUUUCGCACGAGGCCAUAUCCUGGCCGAGUGCACAAGUGCGCACAGCUGCUUUACUUGCAAGGGUCGUCAUCAUACACUCUUGCAUCGAGUGAGCCCGGCGCCGACAGUCACAACCCCCAUUCCAUCUCCAGUACAGUCCACUUCCACCCAGUCAGCUAACGUCCAGUCAUUCGUGGCAGUUAACACACAAGGUGUUCUGCUCAGCACAGCUGUCAUUCACGUAUGCCAUCUCGGCGUCCGCUAUGCAGCUCGGGCUCUGAUUGACUCCGGAUCAGAAGCCACCUUCCUCUCAGAGAACUUGUUCAAGCGCUUGAGGAUGCCGUAUACAUCCGUGCAAGCCCGCGUUUCUGGGCUGACGCAAGCUGUGGCAGCCCAGCCCCGAAAGUUUUGCCAAUUCUUAAUUGGCUCCCCGGUCAGACCCGAUUUGCAGAUCGAGGCGUCGGCGUACGUCCUCCCCCAGUUAGCGGGGAAUCUGCCCUCAUGUUCCGUCCCACAAACACUCCUCGAAAAUCUGCCCAGCAUCCAGCUGGCAGACCCCAAAUUCCAUAAGAGUUCGCAGAUUGAUGUGCUACUAGGCGCUGACAUCCUCCCGUCCAUUCUGCUCGGCGGCUCUCACCCUAACAUUUGUGGGACCCUCCUCGGUCAAGAGACCAUUUUCGGUUGGAUCCUGACUGGCCCUGUGUCGGGAUCCAUUUCAAAGUCCAUUUCGUCCUUUUCGGCUCGAAUGUCCGUCGAGCGAACUCCGCCAUUGGAGGAACUCCUCUCCAAAUUUUGGGAGGUGGAGAACCUGCCGGCUAGCCCAGCGAAAGAAUCUGACCUUUUCUGUGAGGCUAACUUCAACGCCACGACCGUGCGAACCUCAACGGGUCGCUACAUGGUCACGCUCCCAUUCCGCGACCCUGGUCACGUUGACCUGGGUCACUCGAGGGCUACCGCUCUCGCUCAGUUCCUGAGAAACGAGAGCCGUUUAAAGAGGAACGACUCUCUGAAGGAACAAUAUGACUCCGUUAUUCGAGAGUAUCUGGAUUUGGGUCACAUGACUCAAGUCCCCCCAUCCAGUUCCGGCAACUACUAUUUGCCGCAUCACGCUGUUCUCAAGCCCGACAGCACCACGACAAAGCUCCGCGUUGUAUUCAACGCCUCCAGCCCGACUUCAAACGGUAAGAGUCUGAACGGCAUCCUCCACACUGGGCCAAUCCUUCAAUCCGACCUGACCAUUCAAAUCCUGAAAUGGAGGUUUUUCCAAUUUGUCUUCAACGCUGACAUCACCAAGAUGUAUCGGCAAAUCCUUGUGGAUCCCAAACACACCCGGUUUCAAAGGUUGCUCUUCCGUACUCCAGACGAGAAGUUAUGCGACUUUGAGCUCAACACAGUCACCUUUGGAGUGAACUGUGCUCCGUACCUGGCUAUCCGCGUUCUGCAUCAACUUGCGAGUGAUGUUCGCGACCGGUACCCCCUAGCUAGUGACAUCAUCGCCAAUUAUAUGUACGUCGAUGACGUCCUAGCAGAAGCUCACACUAAGCAGGCUGCGGUGUCUGCUAUAGAUGAGUUUCGAACAGCGCUCGAGAGUGCUGGGUUCCCUUUGUGUAAGUGGACCUCGAACUCGAAAGAUGUGCUGAGAAGAAUCCCUAAGGAUCACUUGCUCUGUGAAGACUUCCUCGAGAUCGACGAAGCUAGUGUCGCAAAGACGCUAGGUAUUCGUUGGCGGGCCACGUCCGACGAGUUCUUUUUCGUCACCGCCGAGAUGGUGUCCAAACCAGCUUUCAGCAAGAGAGAAGUGCUGUCGCAGAUCGCCAAGUUGUUCGAUCCUGCAGGUUGGCUUGCUCCCGUGGUCAUUUGGGCCAAGAUUUUUAUGCAAGAAAUCUGGAAGCAAGAAAUCGGCUGGGACGACUCCUUACCGGCGGAUCUCACAGAGCAGACAUCCGCAUUCCUAGAUGGACCAACUACACUCCCGGCGCAAAAAUCCAAUUCCGGUUUUUGCGACGCCUCUCAAGGCGCGUAUGGAGCCGCUCUUUACGCACGUGUGGAAACAACUGGACAAGUGUCCGUGAGCCUUCUAGCAGCGAAGACUAGAGUUGCACCUAUCAAGACGGUCUCUCUACCUCGUCUUGAGCUGUGCGGAGCUCUCCUGUUGGCAGAAUUAUCCGCCGCCCCCCUACCACAUUUUCCCACCCCCGACGCUGAGACGUACCUGUGGACAGAUUCCACUAUAGUUCUGGCAUGGUUGGAUAAGCAGCCAUGCAAGUGGACCACUUUCGUGGCGAACCGAGUGGCCAAGAUUCAUUCGGUGAAUGGCACUUGGCAACAUGUUCGUUCCGAACACAACCCAGCCGAUCUGGCAAGCCGCGGUGUCUCGCCGCAAGAGCUACUGGCCAGUCGCCUUUGCUGGCAGGAGCCUGAAUGGCUGACGUACUCACCAGCGCAGUGGCCUUCACCAGUCAUUGGGCUCGAUACUGAAUUGGAGUGUCGAGCGGUUCGAUCGAGCGCUCCGAGUGUAUGUGCGUAUGUGCGAAGGUUUGCCCAGCGUUGCCACUAUCCCAAGGUCUCGUUUCCAGAGACGCUCAGCUCUCAAGAGUUUGCAGAAGCUCAAGAGAGGCUGAUUGUACAGGCUCAGAGUCGGCUGAGGAACUUGGUGAAGACAGUAAUUAGUGCAUGCAAGACCUGCGUGAUUCAUCGCCGCAAGCCCCAGUCGCAGCUGAUGGGUGAUCUCCCAACCGCUCGGUCGACUUUUUCGCGACCUUUCACUAACUCCGGAGUAGACUUCGCCGGUCCCUUCGACGUCAAGAGCUACGUCGGACGGGGCUGCAAGAUUACGAAGGGUUACGUAUGUGUCUUCGUGUGCUUCAGCACGAAGGCAAUCCAUCUUGAGGCGACCACGGAUCUGACAGCGGAAAAGUUCUUGGAAGCUUUCUCCCGAUUCGUGGCACGGCGCGGGUGCCCUCUUCACAUGUACUCUGACAACGGGAAAACGUUCGUCGGAGCCUCCUCCAUUCUCUCCAAAGAAUUUGUGGAGAGCACCCGCAACCUGAUUGUCACCACUCACAGCCAUCAAGGUCUUGCAUGGCAUUUCAACCCACCUGGUGCCCCUCACAUGGGUGGUCUCUGGGAAGCAGGCGUCAAGAGUUUCAAGACGCAUUUCUACAAGACGGUUUCCUCCGUAAAACAUACAUUCGAGGAACUUUCCACCCUCCUGUCCAAAAUUGAAGCGUGCCUCAAUUCGCGGCCUUUGUCUCCUAUGUCAGAGAAUGUGAGCGACUUGGCGGCACUUACUCCCGGUCUUUUCCUGGCGGGGGUCCGCUACUCUCCAUGGCGGAGCCAGAGUCCAGAGAGGAUGUGGAGUCCAUCCGCAACCGCUGGCAACGGCUCAAGGCUCUCCAUCAGCAUUUCUGUGUGCGAUGGAAGAACGAAUAUUUGA